UUUAUAUAUCAAUUAAAGAUCUCACUUUGUUAUCACACACUACACUAAACAUAUGACACAAAAUCCUACUAUUAGCAUCUGAGUUCAAAAGAAUUUAGGACAAUGACAGGAGCUAGUUCCUCAUGUGGAGCUUGCAAAUUCUUGAGAAGACGGUGCACCCCAGACUGCACGUUCACGCCUUAUUUCAGCUACGAGCAAGCUGCAUCCCACUUCUCGGCCGUGCACAGGGUCUUUGGCGCAAGCAACGUCUCAAAGAUGUUGCUCCGCCUCCCACUUCACAGCAGGGGCGACGCUGCUGCCAUGAUCUGCUACGAGGCCCUUGCACGUGUGCACGACCCUGUCUAUGGCUGCAUUGCCCAUAUCUUCGCUCUCCAACAGCAGGUAGCCGUGCUCAAGGAAGAGAUAGAGACGAUUGAAAUGCAAAUGGCAUCGGCUCGUAGCCUUGAUCCUCUCGCGCCAACUCAAAUUUCUGCACAUGUAUCUGUAAACCAAACUUCCUGCCCCAACGAAAUGGAGCAGAAUGCUGUACAGAAGCUGCUUCAAGACAUACACCAAGAUUACUAUUUGUAUCAACCUGAAUAAGAAAUGCAAGACACUAAACCUGAGAUUUGUUGAUCUGUAAAUAAACUAUAUUUUGUAACUGCUGCUGAUUUGAUUUUAUCAGUUGGAACAAACAGGUAAACUUAAUUGAU